UAGCUCGUGGCGACCGCUACGCCGACGUACGCCAGUGUAUAAGUGACGUGUUGUGUAGUGAAACGAAAUACAAUUGUGUGUGUGUUUUGUGAAUUUGUGUGUGAAAGAUGUUCCACGAUAUGACGUCGAGUUUUAACAAUAAGUGUCGGUUUAAAUUAAAAUACAUCGUAGUGAUGUGAAGUGUUAUAAUAGUGAUGUGCCUGUGACAUGUUCGUGUAAUCGAUAACCAUGAUGCCGUGGCCGGCUCUAUGCCAGCUGGUCGCCAGUGCGAUAUUGGCUGCGACCAUCACCAUGGCGGCUAAAAAUGUUCCGAUGUCAUCCAUCGUGGCCGUAGCUGGAGAGCCGGUGUACCUCCCAUGUGACAUCGCAACACAAGAUGAAGAUGAUGCCGUGCUUCUUGUGUUAUGGUAUAGAGAGGACUUGGGCACACCUAUUUACAGUGUGGAUGCAAGAGAAAAAGACUUCGGGGUAGCUGAGAGAUGGUCAGACGAGAGUGUGUUUGCAUCGAGAGCGUAUUUUCUCCCGGAGAGAAGACCGGCAGAGCUCGGAGUGGAUCGCGUACGAGCCACCGAUCAGGGCAUAUAUCGCUGCAGGGUCGACUUCAAGCAAGCUCAGACUAGGAAUUCAAGGAUAAAUCUUACUGUAAUAGUGCCUCCUAGCAAGGUGAUAAUUACUGAUGACAAGGAAGAUGUAAAGCAAGCCAUCGUCGGUCCUUAUCUAGAGGGAGACACCUUCACGCUCAAAUGUGACGUUCUUGGAGCUCGUCCCCGGCCAUGGGUGAAGUGGUACAGAGAUGAGGUGGAAGUAGAUACUCCAGCGACGCCAUUAGCUGGUAACGCGGUGCGUGGGGUUCUAAGAGUGGGGCCGCUUACAAGGGCUGAUGUUAGAGCUACGUUCACUUGUCGAGCUUCCAACCACCCGCGGGCACAUCCCAUUGAAACUACCCUCACUCUUGACAUGAACUUUCCACCUCUGAGCGUCCACAUACUUGGCUCGAACCAGCCGCUAUCAGCGCGGAGGAGAUACGACCUGCUCUGUCAGAGUUCUGGCUCGCGACCCCCGGCAUCCAUCACCUGGUGGAAGAAUGGACAUAGAAUAAAUAACGCAAAGGAAACGUUAUCAACGGACGGCAAUACAACGACGUCGACAGUAUCGUUGCAGUUGACAAAAUCUGAUGCUGGGGCGAAGCUAGCAUGCCGGGCAUCAAACCCACAAAUGCAAUCAUUACCACCACUGGAAGAUGACUGGAUAUUAGACAUUCAAUAUGUCCCUGAAACUGUGGUGCGGUUGGGCACCAAUUUGGACCCAAAGAACAUUCGAGAAGGCACAGAUGUGUAUUUUGAUUGUAUCAUAAAGGCUCAUCCAUACGUCUACAAGGUUGAAUGGAGGCAUAAUAGUAAACCACUUGUCCAUAAUGUUGGGCAAGGUAUAAUUAUCAGCAACCAGUCCUUGGUUCUCCAAGGGGUUGGUAGAAAAACAGCAGGCAACUACAGCUGCGUAGGUUUCAACGCCGAAGGAGAUGGUGAAAGCCAACCUUUCAAUCUAGAUGUCUUGUAUGCUCCGACAUGCCGAAGUUCCCAGCAGCGUGUUCACGGGAUUGCGAAACAGGAACGCGCCCACAUCACAUGUCACGUAGACGCAAACCCUCCUGAAGUUAGCUUCCGUUGGACGUUCAACAAUACAGCAAAUAGCAACGAAGUAAGCGAUAGUUACAUAUCCCGCGCGGGAACCAGCUCUACAGUCACGUAUACGCCACAUACGGAAAUGGAUUACGGAACUCUAUUGUGCUGGGCUCAUAAUAGAAUCGGCAAACAGAGGGUUCCGUGCGUGUAUCACAUAAUUGCGGCAGGCCGCCCAGACCAGGUUCACAACUGCACAGUUGUGAAUGCAUCACUUACGACAUUCGGGGUUCGAUGCUCCGAAGGUUUCAACGGAGGCAUGCCACAAUCUUUUCUUCUCGAAGUUCGGGAGAUUGUAACACAGGAAAUAGUUGCGAAUGUGUCAAGCGCAGUGCCCCGGUUUACCGCAGUCGGCUUGGUCCCGGGCAGAACGUAUGCGGCCGCAGUGCUGGCUUAUAACGCGAAAGGCCGAGGUGAUCCAUAUCCAUUACGAGCCAGCACACUCAGGCCUCCGGAGAAACAUCAUGUGCAUGAUAAAAGUUUGGAUCUGCCAAGAACUGCAUUCCAAAUGUCUGGAGCAAUGUCAGCUGCGGUUGGUGGAGGUAGUGUCCUCAUGGUAGUUCUGGUGAUCUUCAUGAUCGGAGUCAGGCAGAGGUGCACGAAGAGGAAGCCCAGGUCGGCUCCACCGACGUCAUCGCAGCCAGGCUCACCUGACAAGUUGCAAGAGAAAGAUGACAGUGAAAGUGAUGACAGGAAUCCUGACAUCAUACCAUCAGAUACUGAUCAUAUGCAGCAGUUGGACUAUUAUCGCCAGCAGCAAGUCUCGACUAUAUCACCGCCGCCGGGAAACAGAAUACCCCGGGGGAGUGUGGCGGGCGUCCGAGGAAGCAUACCGGGUUAUUGUCCUCUUCGAACAGCGCCGCAGCAUCACACUAUGAUGGAUAAUUCGACGCAGCAGGGUAUUCCUCCACCUGUGGGUUUCGCUAGUGGAUCAUGUACAUUGCCUCGAGGUUCCAGCGCGGGGAUUGCCGGGGGUCCAAUGGGCGAGCGAUGUAUACCAAUGCAACAUCUACGUACAUUACCACGACCGAUGCCAACUCCAACAGCAAUGCCGAGACAUCCACCUCGAGACACGCCCCUUUGACAGACGACCCAGCUCUAGGAUAUGUAAAUAGUGUUUUGAAAUGGACAUUACGGUUUCGGUGCAACAGCAGUGAACGUAGCUUACAUUUUCUACUUUGCCAAGAUAUUCCCAUUCGUCUAUAAGGAAUUCCCAUAUUAUUUUAGUUAGCCUUUUUAUUUGAUAGAUCAUAAUAUGUUGAAAUCACAAUUUUGUUUGAUUCCUAUUUUGUACAAACACGACUCUGCAAAUAGCUCCGUUUACGGUAAGCAAAACAUGUUUUCAUACUAAAUAGUGGUAACAUAUUUGUUAUCUAACGGCCGUUCCCAAUAUACUAUCUACAGAUAGAGAUAAAUUACAACCUUCUACUGUCAGUAAUUAGCUUUCUACAAUCUGAAGCUGUCACAAUAUUCCCGAUAACUCAUUCAUAUCGCCUUAUAUUGGGACGCGUGAAUUGCAAUUUCAAUACAAACUUCUAUCGCUGGUAAGCUAUACGUCAUCCCAUUAACAGACAGCGUGUACCGAUGAGGAGUUACCGUCGAUAAGUUUAUUGGGACUGAAAAGUCAACGAUAGUUACGAUUUUUAUCUCAAGUAAGAGAUAGACUGAAUAUUGGGAACGGCCGUAAAACAUUGAAGAAUAUAUUAUAAUACACUUUGUGGUAUUUCAAAGUA